AUGAUCUCAGAAAAGGCUGCUACUGCCUUGGCCACUGUAGCCACAGUUUGCUGGUGUAUUCAACUAAUUCCACAAAUCAUUUACAAUUGGAAGAAAAAAGACUGUACUGGACUACCACCCUUAAUGAUGUUUUUGUGGGUUGUUUCCGGGAUUCCGUUUGCUAUAUACUUCUGUGUUAGCAACGGUAAUGUCAUCUUACAAGUUCAACCCCAUCUUUUUAUGUUCUUUUGUGCUAUAAGUUUUGUCCAAUCGUGCUAUUAUCCACCAGUUAGCAUGGCAAAAUCGAAAAUUGUGUUUAUUAUAGCUACUAUUAUUGCAGCAGAUGUUGGUAUGGAAGUUGGCUUCAUAUUGUGGUUGAGACCUCUUUACGAGAAAGGUACUACAUGGCCUGAUUUAAUUUUUGGUAUUCUUGCAUCCGUUUUGUUAGCCGUUGGAUUACUUCCACCCUAUUAUGAAUUGGCUAAGAGGAAAGGCCGUGUUGUCGGCAUUAACUUUGCUUUCUUAUUUAUUGAUUCGUUAGGAGCCUGGUUAUCUAUUAUCAGUGUUAUUCUAGGUAACAUGGACACCAUGGGUAUUAUACUAUACUCUAUUAUUGCGGGAAUGGAACUAGGGAUUUUUAUCUCUCAUUUUAUAUGGUGGUGUAGGUUCAAGUGGCUCGCUAAAGACAAGUUUGUUGACGAAGAAACCGACCAGAAUGAAAAGGAAGAAAUCUACGGGAAAACUGAACACGUAUUAAACAAGGAUGAACAACAAGUAACUAGUUAUAACUUGGACGAUAAUUCAAUUUGUGACGAUGUCUCAAGCCUCGCAGACAAUUUAAAUUUGAGUCACACUUCUGAUGGCGAUGCAUUGUCAAGGACUCAAACUCUUCAUGCCGUUCAUGGAGUUGUGGUUAGAACGGAAUCCGAUCAUUAUUCCAGGCUAAGUGUAUAA